AUGCAAACGUGUCAAACAAUGGAUGCAAAUUCUCAAGAAUGGGGUAUAGAUGCAUUUAUACCGUAUUAUCGCAACUCGCUUUGCAAUUUACAGACAGUUAAUAAUGAAUUAUUGGCAACAAUUCUUCAGAAGAAUCACUCUUGUGCUUUUUUUAAAGAUAGAUCGAUUUCAUUCUUGUCAACAAAUGAUACUGCUGGAGAAAGAGAAUAUAAAUUAGUCGAUGAAUUUCGAGAAAAAGUUCCAUUAACAACAUAUGAAGACUAUCGCGAUUAUGCAAAUCGAAUGGUUGUUGAUGGCGAAAAGAAUCUGCUCUGUAUCGAAAAUAUUCUUUAUUUUGCAACUAGUACCGGAACUACGGGAAAGUUCAAGCUUAUUCCUGUAACUCCACCGAUGAUAAGAACAGUUAAUGAAACUGCACAUCUAGCAUCCUCUGUUAUUCGGAAAUCGUUUCCUUCUUCAGCGUCUUCUUUUCCUGAACAACAUCCUUUCACCUUGCUAGGCGGAAAAAACACAGAACUGUAUCAAAGAUCAAAAGAUGGCAUUCCAAUUGGUCCUCUUAGUCACUAUUUUUCGGCUAAUCCAACAAUUCCUCGAACUCGAUCAAUGUUGUCUAUUAAUAAUACCCUCACAUUAAAUAUUAUUGAAGGAAUCCAUGAUUUUGAUACAAGUGCAUUUGUUCAACUCGUUUUUGCAUUGGCGAUUCCGGAUGUUUCCUCCUAUACGGUUUAUUUUGCGCCAGGAUUCAUUCAUACUAUCAAAUUAAUCGAAAAAUAUUUUGAAGAAAUGAGUCUUUGUAUUUCUUCUGCUAAUUUCGAUCAAAGUUCACUCGUUCAAAAGAAUAUUGUGGAUUCAGACUUUCGAGCAACCUUAAAUCAAACAUUGAACGAAGUGAUUGUUCAAUAUGGAGGAGAGACAUAUCGAUUGGGACGAGCUGAACAUAUUCGAUAUGAAUGUCUCAAAAAAAAUGUUCCAGGACUUCUGCAUCGUCUUUGGCCAAAUAUAAUUUAUGCUUCUACGACGAUAGGAAGCACAUUUUCAAUGUACAAAGAAGUUGUUCAAUAUUAUUGUGGAGAACGACUAACUCUGAUUAAUUUACUGCUCUAA